CCUGCUUCUCUCAGCUCUUAACUGUCGAAAUUUGCCAUUGAGUGAGAUCGUGAGAGAGAGAGAAAUAAUGGCGGUGGCGGCGAGCCUAGGUUCACUUCUGGAGAAGCUCAAAGUGGAGGAGCCAUUCCUUCCACCGCGAAAUUGGGAAUCCUUACAUUCUGAGAGCGGCCGAUUUCCUCCUCGAACUCGUGCUUCUGCUUCUCCUUCGUCUUCUUCCUCCGUCGCUGAAUCAAGCUUGGUUAGGUUGGCGUUGAAUGCUCUGCAAGGUGUUGAGUCUUCUCUUAUUAGCAUAGAGAAGCUCUCUUCUCUAUUAUGCUCCGAGCCAGCUGACAGGACCACCAACAAAAUUCCGAGCUUGUGGCAUCGGUUGUCAAGCACUUAUGCAUUGGGACAGAUUGUUAGAAACAUAGGCUGCUUUGGUUCUUUGGUCUUUCUUCUCCGUAAGUUCAUAGACCAUUUCACAAGCUUGAAUUUGUGUGUGGAAAAUGAAGAUGUUUCUUCUGAUAAAGCCAAUUGCAAGAGCUGCUAUACUCUUGUUAACCAGGCUUUUGCUAUUGCUGUAAGAAAGGUCCUAGAAGGCUAUAUAUCUGGACUGGAUACAUUAUGUGCAUCUAUAGAACUGAGGCGUUCAUCAAACUUUGUGGAUGAGUCUGACCAUGGUUCCUCAUGGUUAGGCUGCCUUACAAACGUCGUUCAUCCAAAGAUAACCUUAUUGGAAGUUUUGUUACAUACUACAGAGUUUCGAACACAGAUUGAAGCUCUUGCCAACAUAUGUGAUUUGUAUGAUAUAUCCAUAUCCUAUUGUGGCUCUCCUUGGCAAUGUCUGAUUACUGAAGCAACCGCGCGAUUUAAUGGGUUCUACAGAGGAAGCGACCUGCUUACUUACUUAUAUUCACAACUAAAGGUUGCUGAUCCUGCUCACAGUGCUUUGCUUAAGUUUUUGUUCCUCAAAACAUGUGAGCCAUAUUGUGAGUUUAUAAGAUCUUGGAUAUUUAAAGCCGAACUAAAUGAUCCUCAUAAGGAGUUCAUUGUGGAAUGUGUCAGUGAAUCGAUAUCGUUUUCUUGGAAUAAGCCUGGCAUCUCGCCACUGAAGAGGGUCAGGGAACAAGAAGGAGGGCUUGUUCCGUGUUUUUUGGAUGGCUUCUUGGUACCCAUACUAAGGGCUGGUCAACAGCUUCAAGUUAUCACAAAACUUCUUGAAUUGUGUAAUCUUCCUGUCUCUGGACACAAAAAUUAUGCAGAUCUUCUUCCCUGUUGGACGCAUUAUUCUACCACCAGUCCAUUGUACCCAGCUCCAAUAAAUUUCAGCAAAUUGCAUAUAGAAGUGAUGAUACAGAAAAGAGACGAUUACUACAGAAUAAUGCAUGAAAAACUUGGUGACUUUUCAAAAAAGUUUGAACUGUUCCUUUGGGUUCCAGGAGCAAUAUCUUUACCAAUAUCCAAUGGCGAGGCAGAAAAAAAUCAGAAAAGUCCUGUUUAUUUCAUACUGGGGGAAAGUUUAGUAACUCGUUCAACAGAGGCAAUGGACGUGACUGGGGACCAGAGUGACUCAGAUUCUGAUGACCAGAAAACAGAAGACAAAUGGUUUUCAGAGAUAGACGUGUCAUGCUCUUCUGAAUGCUCAUCGACUAGGGACUCUUUGGAAUCAUCUGAUGUUGGACUCCUUGAUUCACAAAGUACAUUAGCGGGACCUUCACAAAAUUAUUUAUCAGCUCUUCGUUUCUCUGUUGCCUCCGAUGGGAAGUGUAAUCAGAAUCUGGUUCAGCAUAGUGAAUCACGCAAUGUAGAUAAUAGUGUUGUGAGGACAGGUCAAAAAGCAGACACUAAUCGCCAGUGGAUGAAUACGGACCCAGAAGAGUCAACUGAAGUCUGUGAGGGUGAUAAAUUUCGAAGGCCUCUUUCUACUAAGUUCUGGCCCCUUGGCGGAUUACCUAGAAAUCCGUUUUGUGCUGAUAAGUACAUGGAAGAUGACAGAGAUUAUCCACCAAUUGAUUCAGGAGGUAAGAUGGAACAGAUGGACUUAGUGAAUACUGAUGAAAGCACGUUAUUAUUAAACAACAUUCCCACUGGUGGUGGUUAUUCGAAGCAGGAGAGAAAUCAUGAUUUGCAUGAAAACUGUUUCUCAUCAGAAUUAGAUUUGUUGAAAGAUACAAAGGUAAACUACCCGUACGAGGUGCUCAGUAUGAAUCCUGUGCUGAGAUGUGAUUUCUUGCGCAAGCAUAGAAACACAAACAUGAGAGACCAGGGGAAAUUAUUGCCUUUGUUUGAUUUUUCGGCGGUGGAUGACCCUUCCAAAACAUGUCUUGCCAGGAUACCUGUAAGAUUCCCUAUAAAUUGUUACGUGGAAUCUCAGAGUUCUCAGAUUGAUAGAAAAAGUCAUCGCCAUGCCAACCAAGAAUUUGGCAUAGACAGGUUUGAUGUUGAAGAUCCGAAAGCUUCUUGCAGUCAUCUAUCUUCAGGCUUAAAAGUUUGCGCUGAAGAAAAAAAAUCAAAUAUAUCUGGUGGAAGCAGAUGGGAGGGUAUGCUUCUCAGAUCAAAUAACUCUGAAACUAGUGCAUUUAGUGAUUGCAGACAGAACGCCUCUGCCACAUUUGAAUUGCCACUUGAUUUUGUUAUCGACCAGUGUCUACUGCAGGAAAUACUUCUUCAAUAUAACUUUGUUAGUAAGCUAGCUAUCAAGUUGCUCGAUGAAGGAUUCGGCUUGCAAGAACAUCUGCUAGCUCUGCGCAGAUAUCAUUUUAUGGAGCUAGGAGAUUGGGCAGAUGUAUUUGUAGUGUCCCUAUGGCAUCAUAAAUGGCUUGUUACAGAGCCAGAAAAGAGAAUUGCAGAAAUCCAAGGGUUUCUGGAAUCAUCGAUACAGAGAUCAUCAUGUGAACGAGAUAAUUGCAAGGACAGGUUAUUUUUGUACAAAAGACAAGGCACAAUGCAUCUCCCCCCAUCUGCCAUCGGAGUGCGUUCUUUUGACUUCCUAGGGUUAGGGUAUCAAGUUGACUGGCCAAUCAGUAUAAUUUUAACACGUGAUGCGUUGAAUGCAUAUGCUGAUGUAUUUAGUUUUCUGGUUCAAGUGAAACUAGCAGCAUAUGCAUUAACUGAUGUAUGGUGCUCACUAAAGGAUUUACGACAUAUGAUGCAUGACAAUAAAGAGGGGAUAGCGAAACAAGAACUCCGGUGGAUAAACAUAUUGAUGAAACUAAGGCAUCAGUUCAGCCAUUUUGUAUCAACACUACAACAAUAUGUACAUUCGGAGUUGUCUCACGUAUCAUGGUCCAAGUUCCUUCAUUCGCUGAAGCAUAAGGUCAAGGAUAUGAUGGAUCUUGAGUCUGUGCAUAUGGUUUAUCUAAGUGAAGCUUUGCGCAUAUGUUUCCUAUCUGAUGAAUCCCGAGUCAUAUCUAACAUCAUAGAGAACAUCUUACAAUGCGCGCUGGACUUCCGGUCUUGUCUUCCCCGAGGCACUCAGAGGACAGGUCGAGUUCCAAACGACGCAUGGACUAAAACGUUAGGCAUAAACACAUCUCAGGUGAUGAUAGUGAAGCAGAAGUUUGACAAAGAGUUGAAAGAUCUGCAUUUGUGUCACCUGAAAUCACCAAAACAUGGGAGGUUUGGGCUCUCUCGCUUCUGGGACUGCCUUAAUUUCAACCUUUAUUAUUCAGAUAUCCUUCAUGACACUAACAUCUUCGCUCUUAUUCCUUAGUAACCAAUAUGGUAAUACUUGAGUGUUGUUAAUUUUCUUUGUAAAAUUUGAGUCAUCUCCAUAUUUUUGUGUUUCUUUCAAGACAGUUUUGAGACUCAAAUAAUUGAGCUCUCUUAUUAAAGUUAUUCUUUUUUUGGGUGGUAGAAUCAUUAAAGUUGUUUCCCGUCACUCUAAAAAGACUAAGAUCUGUACAUUUUUAUGUAAAACAUGUUUUGUUUUAAUUUAAUAUU